GCGGCUACAGACAUCGGAUCGGUGCGCUCGACAGCUCAUUCAAUGCGCCAGACGCCGCGCUUCCGUUGGGUGUGGGUCGUGUCACUGGCCGUGCUGGUUUCGACUCUGGCCGGCGUCGCGAACGCCUCCGAGUGCACCGCGUGCGGAUACCUGGCCAAGAACUGCAACGCCUCAAGCACCAGCUCCAGCGUGGACGUGUGCAACGCCAAGGGAAACAUCCAGAUUGACGACGUGUUCUGCAACGACGACGAGUGCCAAUGCGCCGACGGCCACAAGUGCGUGAGCACCGUCGUGGGCUGCACGAACCUGUUCCAGGCGCGCAACCGCCGCCGCUGCCUGGGCAACACGACGCUGUUGCGGCGCUUCGAGCAGUGCGCACUGAGCCAGGGACUCACGACGCUUAAUGCGUCCAAUGUGGCCAGCGACUGGAUCUACUUCAAGCAGGGAACCAAGUGCCAGUCCACCGACUGCCUCGCGGUCAGGAUGUUCCACCAGAGCGGCCUCGUGCAAUGCGGCAACUUGCUGGCAGUGUGGAAGACCAACAGCUCCAGUAUCGACCCGUCAGAGAGCGUCACGUUCAGCAGCUCCGGUGGGGACACGGUCUACUAUUUCGUGUCGGACGGCUCGCGUGGAAGCGACAUGAAGGCGGGGACGUUCCUCUACUCGGUGCCCUGGUCGUCGGAGAGUGUGACACUGAUCACCAAGCAGGCCAACAGCUCGGCUAUCAACUCGUGCUACGUGCUUCAGACCCGUAACCAGCCGAACGGCACGUGCGAUGGAGUCUACUUGCAGUUCGACGCCAGUGUGCAGUUCGCCAACAGCGACGAGUACGUCAUGUCCGAGCUCAGCUGGCCCGUUUGGCUUGCUGUCGUAGGCAGUGUGGCUGCAGCUAUUGCAGCCAUUGUUAUCGUCGGAGUGGUGGUCUACCGCUUCCAGCAUAUGGACACGUCGCCGCCAGCGGAAGAGCAUGAAGACGAUGGUCUGCUGCUGGACGAUCUGCGUGGCCGGAAGCAGUCCAACCCCAUUAGCCCUGCUAGUCUAGGCUCCACCUCGCCGGCCUCAGGUAGAGGCGCUGCUAGCACUGAUCUGCGUCAGCGUGGAUCCGGUACCACCUUUUUCGCUCCCACCAGCGAGAUGCAAAUGGAAUCCGGCGCCAAGACGUCAUUGUAA